UUUGUGUUCCUGUCACUCUCACAGAGUCUUUUACAAUUACAAGUACUAUUGCUACGUUGGUUUAAAUAUUUUGUUUCCCUUAAAUAAGGUUUCGUGCAUAACAGAAACUACCAAUUCCACGAACUCUGCUACAGCCUCGGAGGCUCGGACGAACACACAAGAGAAACAGAAGAUCCUUCCGAGGUUGAUCAAUCACCAUGUCUGACAUAGUCAACGUUGCUUGGAAGAAAUAUCUCCUUCAGCUUCAGCUCCACCCCCUCAGGACAAAGGCAAUUACUGCAGCAUUUUUGGCUGGUUUUAGCGAUGGAGUUGCACAGAAGAUUGCUGGGGCUAAGAGGCUUCAGCUUAGAAGAAUACUUCUCUUCAUGCUCUAUGGUUUUGCAUACUCUGGACCCUUUGGACAUUUUCUCCACAAAUUGAUGGAUAAAAUCUUUAGGGGGAAGACAGGCAAUGAAACUGUUGCAAAGAAGGUGAUCCUUGAACAGAUAACUAGUUCCCCAUGGAACAACUUUUUAUUCAUGAUGUACUAUGGCUUGGUUAUAGAAGGAAGAUCAUGGAGCACAGUCACGAACAAAGUUAAGAAGGACUACCCUGCUGUUCAGUUGACUGCAUGGAGGUUUUGGCCUAUUGUUGGUUGGGUGAAUUACCAGUAUAUACCUUUGCAGUUUCGUGUUAUAUUUCACAGCUUCGUUGCUUCCUGCUGGGCUAUCUUUCUGAAUCUGAAAGCAAGGUCUACACUAGCAACAAUUAAGAAGGCUUAGAAGACAAUAAAGCCUUCACUUUUUCUCACAUUUGGGUUGAAUUUUCUUUUUCCUUCCUAUGUGAAGUGGGAUAGGAGAAAUCAGAAAUCUCCCAGUUUUGUUAAUAGGGCAGCAUUCCUGGUUAAUUUGCUUGACAUAUACCGUAUCAUUGUAUCAUUGUCAAUUUCCGUCUUAAGUCGGUCGCUAUGAGUUAGUUAGUUGGUUAGUUAGACUUGGUGCGCACUUGCCAAUCUUAAUAAAUAAAAUCAUCUACUGGUGGUGGUGCAAUGGGUUUCAUUUUCA